AUGAAUACCGUCAGACUGUACUCCUAUAUGUUAUUUGAAAUUAAGGUUAUCUCAAAGCAUCCAGACAUGGAACUUGCUCAACUUCGAUUUCUUGUAAAUCAUCCCGAUCUCGAUAAGGACAUCAAGAAACAGAAACUUGAGCAGCUACAAGUGGCCAUAAAGGAAUAUGACAUGGCGCCUCUCUACGAAAUGAUAUGCACUGAGUUGGGAGUUCCGGUAGACAAAACACAGCUCACAGCGAUGAAAGACAACAACACCAAACGCAUAAAAGAAAUCGAGGCAGAAAUAGAAGAUGCUGAGAACAAUUUAGGUAGUACCGAGGUUCGUCAGGGGUGGUUGAAGAAGUUCGAGUAUUACUGUCAGAUUGGAGACAAGGAGAACGCAAUUAAAACAUUCACGUCCACGUACGAUAAGUCAGUUGGAAUGGGUUAUCGAAUUGAUCUUGUUUUCAAUAUGAUUCGUGUUGGCCUGUUCUUCCUUGAUCAUAGUCUCAUUAAUCAGCAUAUAACUAAAGCUAAAGAGCUGAUGGAACAGGGUGGCGAUUGGGAGAGGAAAAAUCGUCUACGCUCAUAUGAAGCUCUCUACAAGAUGUCUAUAAGAGAUUUUGCUGGAGCCGCAGACCUCUUCCUAGAAGCGGUUCCUACUUUUGGAUCCUACGAGCUGAUGACCUACGAAAACCUCGUUUUCUACACAGUUGUUACAUCAUUAUUUGCUCUUGACCGCCCAGAUCUGCGAGCCAAGGUGAUCAAGUGUAACGAGAUUCAGGAGCAGCUAACCGGUGGAGGAGCUAAUGGAGCUCUAAUUCCUGUUCGAGAAUAUCUUGAGGCCUAUUAUGGUUGCCAGUACGACAGGUUCUUUGUCCAACUUGCUGCAUUAGAAAGCGAACGAUUCAAAUUUGAUCGUUACCUUGCGCCCCAUUUCAACUAUUACUCACGCGGUAUGCGUCUUCGUGCGUAUGAACAAUUCCUUACCCCAUAUAAAACUGUACGAAUAGACAUGAUGGCAAAAGACUUCGGCGUUUCACGUGCUUUCAUAGACAAAGAGCUCCAUCGAUUGAUUGCAGCCGGUCAACUUCAUUGCAGAAUUGAUGCGGUUCGCGGAGUUAUAGAGAUGAACCAUCCUGACUCAAAGAACUACUUGUACAAAGCUGUCAUAAAGUAA